AUGUACGGAAACCCUGAGGUGAAAGAUUUGGGUGCAGUUGAGGAACUAAGGGAAGACCAUGCCCCUCUGGGUGGUUUUAUAGUUGUUUUUUUUCUUCUCCCCUUAAGAUGGGUUGAAGACUACGGUCCAGAUUGUGAUAGCGUGAGGCUCACUGCCUUCUUGGACAUUCUGGGCCAGGAUAAUUUGCCUCCACUCACUCACCUGGAAAAGUAUGCUUUCAGAGAAAAUCCUUUCCACUCUCAGAUUACUGCCAGAGGACUACUCGGUAUCUUCCAGGACUUUCGUCACAGUGAGGAAGGCUUCUUCACGGUAAUAGAGGUUAUGCUUGGAUUGUCAGAAGAUGCAGAGCCCACAGUAUGGAUGGAAUUGAUGGAACAGAUUCCUCUAUUGUCAUUUUUUUUACAACAAAACAGAUCACAUUUUCCAGUGGUGUUCUCUGAAUAUCUUGUACCUAUUUUAGUGAGGUGCCUCAUAGAUCCAAACAUUCAGGUAAUUUGCAAAAUCGCUUCAAUGCUGAACAAGAGCACAACGGCUACUCGAUUCUAUGAAUUGUGUGGUGCCGGGAAGGUCUUUCAAGUUCAGAAGGUUGGAACAUAUAGUUUCAAAACUCUUAAUUUUGGUGAUAUUUGUCAUGCCGUUGGACAGGAAGCCACUGAGAAAUUUUUGCUAUGUGAAAGCCCAAAGUUUUUUGAACCCUGCUUGGAAAAUGUUUGGGGAAUGCGGAAAGCCUGUGCCGAGUGCUUCAUGGUGGUGUCCCCCACUUCCCCGGGGAUCCGCAGAGCCCAGCUCCCCCCUCUCCCUGUCAGGCUCAUCGGCGACCCCUGUCGAUGGGUGCACCAGGCCACCUUCCAGUCCCUUGGCCCCUUCAUUUCCACCUCUGCAAACCCCUCCAGGGGUACCGUGAGCAUCCGACCCCCGGCCCAGGACUUACCCUCCAGUUCCCCCUUUCAGGACAGCUGUGGGGCCACCUCCUCAGCCUGUUUUUGUCUUCUGGCCUGGGGAGACACAGGACGUCAGGUGGCUGAGGAGGGGAAGAGGACCAGGGCCUACGAGGGUGUGCACUUCGUGUAUCCUCCGUUGUGCGUCCAGUCUCCUGUGCCAAUAGAGCCAGAUCUACCAAUGGAAGGGACAUCCGCAGAAGCCCGUGAUUUCCUGCACACCAGAAGCUCCUCUAAUGGCCCAAUGGGAAGACCGAUGGAAGGCUCUGCCUCUGCUAGAGAUGAGAUGACCAAGCUUUCCCUGGAGGUCAGUGCCUCUUCAAAGCUCCCUGACACUAUUGACCUCUCCUUCAGCAGCCACUCUGGACCCGAUUCCUGGGCCUGCCCAGGGAGUUCUGAGGAUGUGUUCAAUAAUUUCCUCUAUUGGUGA